UAAAAAUGUUUAUUAAAUUCAGUUAAAUGAGGUCGUAAUAAAAUUAAUUGCAGCAUUUUCCUUGGAAAAGGAAGCGCACGGCAAUUUACUAAAUUAAUCAAUCACCCAGAAAAAAAUUGCUUAUGGAUACUAGAAAAGAGAAAAAGUUACUAACUUAAAUUUUAAGAAUAAUUUAACUCGCUACGUGUCCGGACUUUCUUUGCAUUCAAAUGCCCUAAAACGUUUUGCAGUGUCGAGUACGAUUAACGAAAAAAAUCAUUAGCUUUGAUGUCAACACAUAUUUCAGUACUUGCUAUGAAUGCAGUGGCUGUGUAUGUUAAUGCCGCGAAAUUGGUGCUCCAAUCAACGGAGUCCAAUCCUACGAUACCGCUAAACACAGUUCAAGAUUUAUGUCAUAUAUUGCCACAUUUACGUCAAUUGCUGUCUUGCGCUGUAUGCUGUCAUCUAAUUAAUGAUCCUCAUGUGCCUCGAAACGGCCGAUGUGUGCAUCAUGUUUGUCGGUUAUGCGUACGUGGACAAAAAAAUUUGCAACCUUUUUGUAACUUCUGCAAAGACAAUCGUGAUUUCAAGGCAUACGAUGAAAACAAACAAAUGCGUUGCUUAUUGCUCUGCUAUAAAAGUAUGUGUGAACAUUUAAAAAGCAGUUAUAUAUUUAAUCAAUUAGCUGGUCGCAAACUACAGCAAUACACUGUGCUGGCACCCAGUGUUCCGCUGCCUCAGAUGACAAUGCAAGACCUUGUGACAGAGGGAGCUAAUUACGAUGAAAUUAUAAACAGUUGCAAUAGUGAUUCACCAAAAAAAGGUUUUAUUGUAUCUAAGAUGGCUCCCUUACCUGCUUUACUAGCGCCUCUUUCCACUACGGCAAUUACACCUUUGUCGCAAAUGCAACAAAAUCUGAAUAAUACAACUUUGAACCAAAGUACGCCGAAAGCGUCAACGCCACCUUGUAAUGUGAACACAACGGAUCAGGUGCCUUCAAAUUUUAAACGUGAAGUUGUUUCGCCGCCUUCAAAGAUACAGCAGCAGCAGCAGCAGCAGCAACAUCAAAACGCGCAAUCUACGCUUGCUCAAUCUACGUCUAUUGCUCCCCCGCUGCAGGCCUUGACAAAUACGCAACCUACAUUAGUGCAAUUAAACCAACUGAAGAAUGCACCGAAUAUAACUUACAUUGGGCCCAAUACCCGAGGCAUUGUAGUCCCUAUAGUAAGUUCUUCGGCGACUACUACGGCCCCCUUAACAAUAGCCUCUUCCCGGUUGCAAUCUCUUAAUCGGCAGUGGGCCCAAGUCAGGGGUUUAACAAUAGCUUCAACAGCAAAUUCGUGCGCAACAGCUCCAGUGGUGGACUCUAAACCGCCUUUGACCGCUAUUAAAGUAUCGCUGACAUCUACUAAUUCAGCCCUGAGAGCCUUAGCAGCCACUACCAACAGUAAUUCGGCGCUGGUUGCCACCGCUACGGCAGUCACGGCCACUACAACGACACAAGUAAGAAAUCCUCCACCCAUCAAAACGGUUUCAAAUGGAUCAGCCAUGUAUUCGGUGCUUUAUACAGGGAUCGGCAACAAAAUCACCAUUAAGCGCAAAACAGAUGGCGAUGAGGAUACAAAUCAAAAGAAAAAUGCUACUACCUCAACUUCAACACCAGCGCCCUCUUUGGUAAGGCCUUUAGCGAAGAGUAAUCCUAAUAAACGUAGGGGUUGCCGCUGCGGUAAUGCGACACCUACACCGGGCAAGUUAACUUGCUGUGGUCAGCGUUGUCCUUGCUAUGUAGAUUCCAAGUCGUGCGUAGGUUGCAAAUGUCGCGGCUGUCGUAACCCUCAUCGACCCGGUGGUGGUAAAGUCAGGCCGAUUAUACCAGAAUUGGCAUGUUAUGAAAUCCAAAUGGCUGACGAUCAUUCCAAUCCCAUUAGUGCUCAUGAUUUACCCAUAGCAACUACUACAACAAAUUCUGAAUCGGUCAGCUUUCCAAUCUCGGCCAAUUUACCGGCUUCUUUAAGUCUCACGGCUACUACAAAUAACAAAAAUUCGCCGACCACAAACAAUUCAUCGUCUUCCAACGUUAACGUAACAACAACGGCGACUCUAAUACCCAUACGAGGAUGUAUUAAUAGCACUGCACCGCCACCUUUAGCACCAACAACAGCUCACAGCAUGAUGCAAAACACCAGCUUUGGUAGCAAUGCUACGCAGGCAUCCUUAACAAAUAACACAGCAAAUAUUUUACAAUUGGAUCAACUGCCUAGAGAAUCGGUGCUUAUACAAAACGCCGAAGGCAAAUAUCAAGUGGUCAAUCUGUUUACUACAACAGCUCACCAGGCUGGUCAGCAAGUGCCUAGUUUACAAAGAAUUCAUGGUUUGUCUCAAGCUGCUCAGGUAACAGCAAGCAAUAAUUUUAUUUUACCCACAACCGCUAGUACAACGAGUAUAACUACUACCACCUCAUCGUUGCCACAAAUCAUAAUUCAAUCACAGCAACAAACACAACACAGUCUUUUGCAAUCAACCCAAAGAAUCAACAAUAGCAACAGUAAUAUUACGGCCCAUUCGUUACCUUUACAAUUGCAACAGCAACUAAAGCAGAAUAUUAUAACGGUCCACCCAAUAAGCUCGUCGGGCAAUGCAACCAUUUCUCCAGCCUCAGCCUCAAUACUUACGCCUGCCUCCUCGCCUGCCUCCACACAUGCUACCGGCACUCUAACACUAACGCCUCUAAUAGUAAGUAGUCAAGCAAAUAAUUCGUAUUCAACCGUAGUAUCAGCGGCUGACGUCUUUACAAAUUCGACCGAUAUUAUACAACAGGCGAAUGUUCUCAAUAUACCUGCUGUCUCGACAAGUAUCAGUCAGUCGAUAACUCACCGUCAAGUGGUAAAUAGUUCUACUACAAAUUCGGCGAUCAACAGUACAACUCGACCACAAAAUGUACUCGAGCUUUUAGAUGCAACUAACAUGUAAACAAAUUAGAAAGCGAAAGAAACGAACACCAACAGAAGCACAAAGGCAAAUCUACCCACAUUUAGGUUUCACUUAAAUCUCACGCUAUCCAACCCACUGUUCCACACAAUCUAACACGUACUUCUUGCUCCCCAUCAAUCUCUUACUUUUCAAAAGGACCAGACUAGCAUUUCAAACUAUUACAUUUACUUACGUAUAUAAUUUAUAGGAACAAAGUCUUAGAAUUUAGUUGUUAAGGCUAGUUAAUGGCUAGAAACUCGUAAAAUUUUAGAUUUUUUUUUUUUGUGAAGAAGAAAAGUUGUAAUCGAAAGGUAUAAGCAACAUUAACUUAUAGAGUAAGAAAAUGGUGAAUGCAUGAAUAACGGAACUGAAUGGACAGCGUAUCCUUGCGCAGGAUUGCUGGAAUUAUAAAUUUCAGCUUUUAUUGUGAUAAGUUCAGAGAAAAGAACAAAGUUUUUUUUAUGUGUGUGUACUUGAGUCUAUUUGCUACUAAUCUACUGAUGAAAUUUUAUGAACGAAGAGAAGUCUGUAAUUUCAGAAGACACAACGGAGUUUAUGCUCUUCUAUAGCUUUCAUUCAACUCGUCGUGAAUCACGUCCCAGUUUGCAUUCAGUUUGUUUGUUUGUUGUUUUUAAGUAAAUCAUUUUGAAAUUGAA